UUCUAUCUUCUGUUUUGUAUGCGCUUUUGUCUCGUGUUGUUAGUGUUAUUUUAUGACAAAUUGAACAUGAAUUGAAUUGAACAAUUUAAUUGGCGAGAAAAAAAUGAAUAGCGAUGACAUUUUUACGGGUGAAUACUUUGCUUCGCUCAAAGGAUAUAAAAUUCCAUUGAAAACAACGGACAAAGAAGCCCAUUUUGCUCUCAAUAACCCACCGCCACCUGGUUGCGAAGACGAACCCCUUGACAAUGAGGCGGAAUCAUAUAUUUCACCAUUGGCUAUGGUCAAUCAGCCACGACCGCCACCAAUAUUACCAUUACCAACAUUACCAAUUUUUCAACCAGCACCUCAACUAACAUCACAACCUCAUCAGGCGCCGAAUUUAAAUGUUGAGCCAAUUCAACAAAUGUCAGUACCAAAACCAACUAAGCGCAGCUCACUUUUCAUGAUGCCAUCAGCGGAAGGAUUACCAGAAGAGCUCAUAAAAUUAUUCAAACCGUUGUGUUGUGAUUUAUGUUCAACAAAACUAAAUUCACCAUCGACCGCUCGACUCCAUUAUGAAUCAAAGAAUCACGAGAAAAAAAUAAAUCAUUGGCUAUUGGAGUGGUCAGAACGAACAGGCGAACCAGUUCCGAAGCGUCAUGCAUCAACGAAAGGUCCAACUGGACCGAAUGCGCUCCACUGCGAUGUCUGUGAUUUAGCUCUAACCUCAUUGCAACAUGCCAAACAACAUAAUAUGGGCAGAAAACAUAAAAAUGCUUUGGCUGGCAAAAAUAAGCCCGGUGGACCCGGAUACUACGAUGCGAACAAUAAAUGGAUUCGAACAUCGAAAAUUGAAGAAGAUCCAACGAAUCGAUUUUUUAUUGGUAAGGAUUUUCUAAAACCAAAACCAACACCGAAUACAGAGACUGUGGUUGUGCCAGAGUCCGUAUUAAAAUCACCUCCACCGCCGCCGCCUCCGGUAGAAUCAUUUCCCGAAAUGGACAACGAGCCGAUGACUGAUACAAAUGCUAGGGGCUCCAUAAAUUCUUUCGAUAUAAAUCCAGAUGAUUUAAAAGAACUAAUUACUCCUGCUGCUGGUGCGGCAUCUGCAAUCGCAUCUACAUUUAAAAUGGCUGUAACGACGCCGAUCUCGGUAGAUGAAAUAGCCCAUCUCAAAAAUCUGAAUACGUCAUCCGUUGAUGUGAGCAAAUAUUGUAAUUUGUGUGAUAUUUUUGUUACCUCCGAAAUGCAUAUGCAUUUGCAUUUGGCUGGUGCAAAGCAUGCAAAAAAAUUACGACAACUUGCACUUCCGCCAUAUUCAGAAGUGUCACAUACAUUAUCUCAAUGUAUUUUAGAUGGAUCAAAUCAGUCACCAUCAAUCAAUUCGAAUGCCGAUGAAAUGCUGGCGUCCGGCUCAUCGUCCGUUGAUUAUUCGGUAUUUCGGACCCCAUCGGGUCAAUACUAUUGCCAGUGUUGCGAUUUAAGUGUUUCAUCGGAAGUAUGUCUCAGUCAGCAUUUUUCCAGCAAACGUCACAUGAAAACCGUUAAACGAAAAUAAUCACAUUUCAAAUUUUGGUGCAUGCACCAAAAGCUAUUUGCUUCGUUCAAACAAUAAUAAAAUGCUUUUAUUUUGACUCCGAAUCGAAUUAUUUCUCUUGGUCGCACAACAUUAUUUCAAAUUCAGAGUAUCACGCUUCAAUCCAAAGCUACAUGUACCUCUUGCGGAAGUUUAAAAAAAUAAAUCAUCAGACAUCUCAAUUUAUUAUUAACAUUUCAUAUCGCGAUAUUGCAAUAUAGUAUUUUGUUGAUUCAAUUCUUUCAAGAAGGAACAACACCAAACAGUUGGCAUGGCUGAAAUGUGAAUUUUCAUGUGAAUGACAGAGAGACAACUAUAGAGACGUGGCAAGGUGUUUGACUAUGGUUUGGAUAUUAUGAAAUUGAAAAAUAAAUUGAUAUUGUAAAUUAAUUCAAUCAUCAAGUAUAUAAUAAAAUUUAAUUGAAAUGUCAAAGUCCCAUGCAUGAUCAAAUUAUUAUACGAAAAAGAAUGUUCGGCAAGAAUGAAACCAUCUGCUUUAAAUUUAAAAAAAAAUCUUUGUGCAAUCGGUCAUUUUAAAAGUGAACUUACAGAGAUUGACUGAUAAAGUCAGAAACCAACUGAAAAUUUCUAAUUAAUUUU